UAUAUUAUAGCAUCGCCUGAAGGUAACAUGGGCUAUAUCAUAUGGUAGACUCAAAAUUCACUGAACAAACAUGCAAAUUUCCAAAUAUACUACAACAUCGCCUGAAAGUAGCAUUGGCUAUUUAAAGUUUUAAAAAUCCACUUGGAACUGGAGAUAUAGCAUCAGAAUCGGAGUAACCAAUCAAUCAAUCAUCAAUCAAGUGAUCAUUAAUAAAUAAAUCCGUUGUAUUGUUACAUUGAACCGAAUCGAAGGAGGGAAAAAUAAGAAGGGGAUACAAACGAUCGGUGAGGUAUUGUAAAAGCUUCAUCGGUCGUGAUCCCCUACAGAUUACAGAGAGGGAUAAGGCCCUGAUUAAGAGGACGGUCAACGGAGGAACCACACCGCGAGGCAAAGAAACCGUCAACGGGCAAACUUCCUCCUCCGCCAACUGCGUUUUCGGUGGUAGAAACAGCCUCAGUGGAUCCUAAGUCUGCUAAGGCUAAGUCUGCCACCACCAACCCACAACCUUCGAGCCAGAAUUCAAGGAAGAGGAAAUAUUCCCAAACCCUAUAUCCGGACAAUCUCCGUGUAGCGGUCAUCGACCAAGCUGAGCCGGAAGGCAAAAUCAGCGAAAGUCGGUGGCUUCUCAUUGAGGACCGUCUGAGGGAGCAGGUUUUUCUAGGGGAUGAUCCCUCUAGGCUACAAUUUGGCAGUGCUACCGUCUACAAGGGAGUGAAGGUCAUCUGCUGCGAAAAUGAGGAGUCGAAGAACUUUCUUGUGACAGCAAUAGCUGGCCUUCAAGGACUUUGGGAUGGAAGUGCACUUGCUGCUGUAUCCCUGAAGGAAAUCCCCUGCAGGAGGAUAUUGGCAGCAUGGGUGCCGCCGCCCUCUGUGGACCCAUCACGCGUGCUGACAAUAUUGGGGAAACAUCCCAAUCUCUGUACGGACAGGUGGCGCUUAGUUUGCUCAAGUACGGAGGGAGGAGGCCUGGUCAUAAAGGUAUCUGUUGAUACUGCUGGCCAGGAACACCUUCAGGCGCGUGGGGGGAAACUGCACUUCGGCACAGGAUGGAUUCGGUUCCGUCUAACGCCGCUGUCGCAGUAGGAAGAACGAAGCCACAGCUGCUUAACAUCGUGCAGAUAAAUCUGCAUCACUGUAAGGCAGCAGGGGCUGAGCUUCUCCUAGCCCUCUCCAAGCUUGAAGUUGACAUAGCCCUGGUCCAGGAACCUUACAUCUUUAAGAAUAAGGUAACUGGACUAGGGAGUGAGCGGUUCAUCACCUAUGCCACCUCCAACGGGGAAAAGGUUAGAACGUGUAUCGUUGCUAGGAAAAACUUGAACUUAAUCUUCCUCAAUAAUUUCAGCGGAGGAGACGCCACGGCGGUCAGACUGGAGACUCGGACGGGCAAAAUCAUCUUCCUCGUCUCCUUGUACCUACCCUUCGAAUACCCCGACCCGCCAGGACAAGUGGUAGAGGAGCUGGUCACAAAAUUGGGUGGAAAAGGCGGUCUCAUCGUUGGAUGUGAUGCCAACGCUCACCACUCUCAAUGGGGCAGCAGCAACACUAAUGCCAGAGGAUGAUCACAAUGGGCCAAUAGGUCUCCGAGUGGAGUGGUUGUUUUUACACAACCACACAUCCUGUAACCUAACCUAACCAUUGUUACAUUAAAUCCUUCUAAUAGCAACAGAAAUGCCGGUAAACUUUAAAAGAAUGCAGUUCCCUGUACGUUUGGCAUUUGCUAUUACAGUUGAUUAAUCCCAAGGACAAACUCUUCUUGUAUGGCAUGUUCCUGUUUUUUUCUCUUGGUCAGCUGUACAUGGCAUGUUCACGUGUUGGUAGACCGAGCGAUAUCUUUGUCUACGCUCCUGAAGGAAAAGCAAAAACAUUACAUUCGUUUUUAUUAUAUUCUUAAGUUUGUUUUAAUUUAAAAACCUCAAACUAUUCGUAUAUAAAAUUUUGAAUGCAUACAAAAUCAAAAUAGUUUAUGUGAGAAAAUAUCCCAGAAAGUAUCGUUCUAGAAGAUUAACAUUGAAGACAAAAAUAUUUUUCAUCAAAUUUCCCUAAUUCCAUUGUAUAUAAAAAAA